AUGGCUCUCACAUUCUCACUCCCACUCUCCCUCACCCUUUUCAUCCUCUUCCUCCUCCACCACACAUGCGACUCACGUGACUCUUUCGCGUGCGAUCCAAAAUCCUCCACAACAAAGAACCUACCAUUCUGCAAUGUGAAACUCACCAUUCAACAGAGAGUGAACGAUCUCAUUGGAAGAUUAACGCUUCCAGAGAAAGUUAAUCUGUUAGUUAACAAUGCCGCGGCGGUUCCGAGAAUCGGAAUCAAAGGCUACGAGUGGUGGUCGGAGGCACUUCACGGUGUUUCGAAUGUCGGUCCUGGUACCAGAUUCGGUGGUGUGUUUCCCGGCGCGACUAGCUUUCCUCAAGUCAUCACAACCGCUGCUUCUUUUAAUGCUUCUUUGUGGGAAGCAAUUGGACGGGUUGUCUCGGACGAAGCAAGAGCAAUGUACAAUGGAGGAGCAGCAGGGUUAACUUAUUGGAGUCCAAAUGUGAAUAUUUUCAGAGACCCUAGGUGGGGUCGUGGACAGGAAACUCCCGGUGAAGAUCCUGUUUUAGCCGGUAGUUAUGCUGCAAAUUAUGUGAAAGGGUUACAGGGAACAGACGGUAACAGGUUGAAAGUUGCUGCUUGUUGUAAACACUUCACAGCUUAUGAUAUUGAUAAUUGGAAUGGUGUGGAUCGCUUUCACUUUAAUGCACAGGUGAGUAAGCAAGACAUAGAAGACACAUUUGAUGUGCCAUUUAGGAUGUGUGUGAAGGAAGGGAAUGUAGCUAGUGUGAUGUGUUCUUACAAUCAAGUCAAUGGUGUCCCUACAUGUGCUGAUCCCAAUCUCCUAAAGAAGACAGUUCGUGGCCAAUGGGGUCUUGAUGGGUACAUUGUAUCUGAUUGUGACUCUGUCGGAGUUUUCUACAAUAACCAGCAUUAUACAUCAACUCCAGAAGAAGCUGCUGCGGAUGCCAUCAAAGCAGGUUUGGAUUUAGAUUGUGGGCCUUUCCUAGGAAUACACACACAGGAUGCAGUGAAGAAAGGUUUGUUAACAGAAGCACAUGUGAAUGGUGCUUUAGUGAAUACACUAACUGUGCAAAUGAGAUUAGGGAUGUUUGAUGGAGACUCAACAGCUCAUGCUUAUGGCAACUUAGGCCCAAAAGAUGUGUGUAAACCGUCCCACCAAGAGCUUGCACUUGAAGCUGCUAGACAAGGAAUUGUGCUUCUCAAAAACAUUGGCCCAGCUUUGCCUCUUUCCUCACAAAAACACAGAACUGUGGCUGUCAUUGGGCCCAAUUCUAAUGUCACAGUUACCAUGAUUGGAAACUAUGCCGGUAUUGCAUGUGGAUAUACCAGUCCCUUACAAGGGAUAGCAAGAUAUGCUAAAACUAUUCAUCAGCAGGGUUGUGUAAAUGUUGCAUGUAGAGAUGAUAAGAGUUUUGGGCCUGCCUUAGAUGCAGCACGUAAAGCGGAUGCAACUGUUCUAGUGAUAGGCUUGGAUCAAUCUAUUGAAGCUGAAACAGUUGAUAGAGUUGGUUUGCUUUUGCCUGGGCAUCAACAAGAUCUUGUUUCAAAGGUGGCAGCUGCAUCAAAGGGACCAACUAUUUUGGUUUUAAUGUCUGGUGGGCCUGUUGAUAUUACUUUCGCAAAGAAAGAUCCUCGAAUCGCUGCCAUCUUGUGGGCCGGUUAUCCUGGCCAAGCCGGUGGUGCUGCCAUUGCUGAUAUUCUAUUUGGAACCGCCGACCCAGGAGGCAAGCUACCUGUGACAUGGUACCCACAGGAGUACCUAAAAAACUUGGCCAUGACAAAUAUGGCAAUGAGACCAACCACAGUAGGGUAUCCAGGAAGGACAUACAGAUUCUACAAAGGACCAGUUGUAUAUCCAUUUGGACAUGGAUUAACAUACACACAUUUUGUUCACACGUUAGCUAGUGCACCUGCAAUCGUGUCAGUUCCAAUUCAUGGUCACAGACAUGGCAACAACACAAACAUUUCAAACAAAGCAAUUAGAGUAACACAUGCAAGAUGUGGCAAACUCUCUAUAGCCCUUCAUGUUGAUGUUAAAAACGUUGGAUCUAGAGAUGGAACACACACAUUGUUAGUGUUUUCUGCUCCCCCUAACGGUGGUGCCCAUUGGGUUCCACAGAAACAGCUAGUGGCUUUUGAGAAAGUUCAUGUUCAUGCAAAGAGUAAACAAAGAGUCAGAGUGAAUAUUCAUGUUUGCAAGUUGCUUAGUGUGGUUGAUAGAUCUGGGAUUAGGAGAAUCCCAAUGGGGGUACAUAGUCUUCAUAUUGGUGAUGUUAAACAUUCUGUUUCACUUCAAGCAGAAGCACUUGGGAUUAUCAAGUCUUGA